CAAUAAAAUUCAAAUAAACAGUAAACAUAACCAAAUUUUCGUACAAUAGGUAAUACUGUAAUAGUUUAUUUGUUUCAUUGUUCAAUUUAAUAUUGUUUGCCAUUAACGUCUAAAUAUAAUUUGUUUAUUUAUCAUCGUAUACCGGUACUUGAUUCAAUACAGACAAAGCUAUUCAACUAACUAAUUUAAGUUCUGAUGUAAAACUAGCAAGUCAAAGUCAAAAUAAUGAUUAAUACCAAUUUAAAUAUGUUAAAGAAAACUGCAAAUCUCUUGAAGAAAACUGGGUUUUUAAACAACCAGACUGCCAAAUUUACAUCCAGCGUUUAUCAACCCUGUGGACACGCAAAAAGGAUCCUUCAAAGUUUAAAUGUCAAGGAAUAUGUAGGAAAUGUGCCCCAAGACGUACAAGUUAGAGUGUUUCUCUAAAAAAGCUCAAAACCCAACAUCUCCAACCGAAGUGGCUGAAUCUAAAUCUCAAGAAAGUGUCUCCAAAAGAAAAAUUCUUGAAGGAGGAGUGAUCGUUGCUGAUAUAACUGUUGGCAAUGGAGCUGUCGCAAAAAGUGGAAAAACUAUAUCAGUUUAUUACAGUGGAAAACUAAAAUCCACAAGUAAGGUGUUUGAUGAAGUUACUAGUGGUCCAGGAUUGUCGUUUCGUCUCGGGAGAGGAGAUGUAAUCAACGGUUGGGAUAUCGGAGUUGUUGGCAUGAAAGUUGGUGGUAGACGAACCAUCACCUGUCCACCUGCAAUGGCGUAUGGUGCCAAAGGUUACCCUCCUGUGAUUCCUCCCAAUAGCACACUAGUAUUUGAAGUUGAACUGAAAGAUGUAAAGUAAAUAUUUAUUUAUUGUUACCAGAUGAUAUUACAAUUGUGAAAUAAACAACCAAAUUCUUGAUCUAUUAUUAUAUCCCA